AUAGGAUCUGCCAACUACGACCGCACGACCUAACUGAUGAGCUCCUGCAGUCCGCCGCCGCCCCGCGCGCUCCCGACCCCCCGCCGUCCUGCGCGCUCCGGCCACCGUGCUGCUGCCGCCUGCUGGCUACCGCCACCGCGGUGCUGUCCGCCCUGGGCUGAGGUCUCUACACAGUCCCGGAUUCCACCGCCGGCCGCCGGGCCCUGCCUCCGCUGCGCCCAGCCGCCCACAAAUCCGCGUCGCCGUCCUACUCCCGGGCCGUCGCGCUGCACUCGAGCUUACUCUUCAGAAGAGAUGGGAGAUAGAGAAAGGCGAAUGGUGUUUGUCACAGUAGGGACGACAUGUUUUGAUGCUCUUGUCAAAGUGGUAGAUUCCGAGGAAGUCAAACAAGCACUACUGCAGAAAGGUUACACAGACCUUCGGAUUCAAAUGGGCCGAGGAACAUACACGCCAUCCAAGGCCUCGGGGAAUUCAAAUCUUCAAGUUGAGCAUUUCACCUUUUUACCAAGCAUAGCUGACAACAUACGAGAAGCAUCCUUAGUCAUCAGUCAUGCAGAUUCUGGCCGCAUAUUUGAGACGCUGCGAUUGGGCAAGCCUCUUAUCGUCGUUGUGAAUGAAGAUCUGAUGGACAAUCACCAAAGCGAGCUAGCAGAGGAACUGGCCGAGAGGAAUCACCUUUUGUGUGCCCAUCCACAAACGCUGCGAGAGACUGUCGAGGCGAUGGAUCUGAAUGCGCUCCAGCCUUACGUGCCAGGAGAGGCGAAGCCAGUUGUGGCACUGAUCAACCAAUUUCUUGGUUUCCCCGUCGAUUGAUAGUACACGUUUUCUCUUCAUGUAGAUGAAGUUUAACAAAACACUGAAAUGAAGUUAUUACAGAUCCAAAGUGCAGAGUUUAGAUACUUCACCCUGUUUGGAACUGAAAGACUUUUUUGUUGUUGUUGUUGGUCUAA